GUUGUAGGCGGACUUUGCCGUAGGUCGUGACACGAAGCUCGCAGGAGAUUGCUUUUGAUUACAGGUGGAACGAAAUGUGGAUUUUAUGGUUUUAUCGAAAAGUCUCCUUUUGCGAACUGGACGGUCGUGAGAAGCAUUUUACUAUCGGUAGAAGCAGUAUUGCAAAACGGCACACAGUGAGAUAGAAUGGGGCCACAGUGAACCAGCUGUUGUUAUCUAGAACGCACUUUGACCGGCCUUUAAAAAGCUAUAACUAUGUUAAAGUCAACACUUAGUCGUUAAUCCGUCGGAAUGGACUUUCGAAAUGCCCGCGCCCGGCAGCCGGAGAUUGUGCGUUCCGUCCAAAAGGAUGCUCGUUAUACUAAUGAGCUGGCCGAGGACUUCUCCGAUGUUCUGCGGCUGACAGGCCCAAGGAACUGGAUAAAAUACAACCAGAUGUGCCGGCUGCUGGCGGAGCUGAGCUACCACGGCUUCGCGUCAGCCAACAACCUACAAACCCUUGGGGAGGAGUACACGGGGAUCAUACAGGUGGACGGAAACUAUAAGCAGAUUCCCAGCAGACUGCUUCAACUCAUGGCCAUUGUCCUUGAGUUUGGUGGCGACUCCUUGUUACAGCGACUGUUGGAAAAACUGGAACUGUACGUGGCUAACCAUGAAGACAUCCGUCCCGAGGCCAAACAACAGUUGAAAAGGAUCAUCCUGCGGAUGAAGCAAUCUCCCGGCUAUGUCAAGGCCUUGCACAAGUCACUCUUUUAUUUGAAUGCCAGCAAGUACCAGCUGUCAAAGCGCGCCACAGGCAUCAACUACGUGCUCAUCCGUCACUGGUUGCAGCCGGAGUUCUCGCUGUACGGCUACAAGAUUCUCGGCGUGCUUACCUUCCUGCAGGUCACAGUUUCGCUAGCCAUUAGUGGUUGGGACGCCUGGCGAGAGCACAGGCGCCAGCAGCUGGAUGCGAUCAAGCAGGCGGGCAAGAAAUUGUUCUUGCAUCGAGGGUCAACAAGUGUUAAGGACGCAGAUCCAGUUCCAGAUGCCCCGCAGUGUAUCCUAUGCCUGGAGUCGCGCUCCAACAGCAGUCUGACACCGUGCGGGCACAUAUUUUGCUGGCAUUGCCUGUUCGAGUGGUUAGAGGAGCGGGAUGAGUGCCCGCUAUGCCGCGAGUCUUUGAAAAAGUCACAGGUGAUCCUGCUGCAGAACUAUUUCUAAGUUUCAAAUAGCCGGACUGAUUUGUACCUGUAAAUGCUAUGUAUUAUACAUUGACUGAAGACUUUGCUUUGGGGGAAUCGAUAUAUUUUUUUGUACAAUUUUUUCAUACAGAAAUGUUUGUAAAUUAGGCGGUUUUCGCAUUAAAUUAACUUUUUUGGUCGGCUUAUAACAAUGUUUAACAAACUUAUACUUUCGCGCGACACCUUCAGAUGACUUUUGCCUGAAAUUAUCAGUGGGAACCCUAACUACAGUUACAUCUACGAUAAUCUUAAGUAGGAGAUGAAGGUAAAUUUGGGAUGCUGAAGUAGAGGAGCGUCUGCAAACCUUUUGUAUGUGUUUUAGUAUAUUUGAAAAAGAGAAGCUUUUGCGUUGUCCUAUUUAUAUUCCUUUAAAAUCAAUAAUAAAGCAAAAAAAUAAUAAUUUA